AUGGCCAACAAUCAGAAUUUAUUCUUUUACGCGCCAACGUGGGAUUAUCCCCCAAACGGUCCCAUUAAGCUCGGCAAUGUCAUCACCUCCGUGAAGAAGCCCGAGCGGCCGCUCCAUUGCGUUCCGCCUUCAGAGUCAGACGUCUUUUCGACAAAGAAAAUGAGCGUCGAGCACACCAAAGAUCAACUGCAGAACGAAAGAUUCUCCAUUCUGGUGAGAUUCUUCAGCAUUUUCGGUCUAAAUGUCCGAGUCAGUACCGGACGAGAGACAAGCAAAGAGAACAAGUUUUCGUUCAAUACCGUCGAAACGACCCAGUUCAUUCCCACGUCCUCGUACAUCCAAAGCUGUGUCGAAAACGAUGAUGUUCGCCGCUAUCUCCAAAUUUCCCGCUAUCGUAAACCACUCUAUGUCAUCACCGGGUUAAAAAUAGUUACUGGUGUUGAUGCCAAUAUGCAUACGUCGCACGCUGUUCAGAGCUCUCCAGCCAUACAGAUUGACAGUAACAUACCCCAUGUUGGGCCAAUCAACUUUGGCAGUUCCGGAACUGAGAACACGGCUUCCACCAAGGCUAUUACAGCGUUUAAGAAUAGCGAUGACUUCGUAUUUGCGUUUCGCGUAAGUAAAGUCCUUGUGGGCAAGGGAACUGACCAGGUCGUCAGCGAAGAAGAUUAUCGUAGGGGAGCUAUGCUUGGUAAUGAGGAAGAGCAGCAACGAAUCAAGAGCCCGCCGCUUUCCAUUCUAAAGGUUGAAUAUCCAGAGGCAGCUGGGGAAGGGUUUGAUGCGGAAGAGUUGACUGAAGGAGAAGAGGUGGUGGUUUGCGCAAUUCCGCGAGAAACUAAUGACGCAUAG